AUGGUUUUGGCCAGGGUGAAAAGUUGGCUGACGUGGUCGUGGACGUAUUUGUGGGCACUGUGGUUUCUUCUUGUUGUUUUGCUUAUAUACAUUCUCCGUGGUCCGUUAAAAAUUACUGAGUCGAUAGAAAAUGCUUCUUCCUAUUUCAAUAAUUUGACUCCCAAGUUCUAUGUGGCUCUUACUGGUACUUCCAGUCUUGUUUCGGGGAUUAUACUGAUCUUCGAGUGGUGGUAUUUCAAAAAUAAUGCUGUUGAUUCUGUCAGCGAAGAUGGGAGCGACAAUGAAGAUGCAUUGGAAAAUCAAAAGGCAGUACCAGAGUGCAAAGUUUGGCGAAACCCAAUGGCUUUGUUUCGAGGUGCUGAGUACAACCGUGUAAAAACAGUUAUGGACCUUGAUCCAUUAACUUACUAUGAUAUGAAUCUGUCGGCACAAGAUCACCAAAGCUUCUUCACAUGCGAUGAAGAUGUUGGGAAGCCUGAUUAUGACAUUAUGCAAGUCGCUUGGCGAGAACGAGAUAGUACUUCGCGAAUCAACGCUGCUCGUGAGGCACUGCAUAUAAAUCCGAACUGUGCUCCAGCACUUAUUUUACUGGCAGAGGAGCAAUGCGAAACUAUAGCUGAGGCGGAAGGGAUGUUAAGGUUACGUGCUCUGAAAGCUGUAGACAGUAACGUAGGCCAGACGCAAUCAAAUCAGUUGGGUUCGCAUGAACGUUCUAGCGAUAUAUAUCGACGUGAUUUCCACAUGCAAAUAUACAUACGGCGCCGACUUGCCAUGUGCGCCAGGAAACAAGGACGAUUGCGUGAGGCUAUAAAAACGUUUAAAGAUAUAAUUCGAGAUGGAUCUAUGAGCAACAUAUUAGGUGUGCAGGAAAAUCUUAUAGAAGCUUGUUUAGAGAUGCAAGCAUAUGCUGAUGUUCAAGCUCUUUUAGUCCGAUACGAUGGUUUUGAGCUGUCGCUGACAAGUUUCUGUUAUAUACUUCCAGAAGCAACCGCUAUUGAGGCUAUUACGAGAGCCAUUGAAUUCAAUCCUCAUGUACCUCUCUACCUACUAGGUAAAGUCGAUCUUGGGAACCAUAUAUAUAUAUAUAUAUGUAUAUAUAUAUGUAUAUAUAUAUAUAUAUACGGCUCGUGUGGAACUGUUGUCGGAGCCUCCUACAAUACACAAGGGAUCUAUUCACCCACCCCC